AUGCUUAAACUCUUACUUUCAUUUAUAUUGUUGACAAGUUCAAAUUCUUUAGAAUUUUCAUUUGAAGAAGAUUUUGAAGAUAAUCCAUACGGUCUCCGUUACAAUCCAUUACGUUCACUCCAAGGAUUGGAAAACACACUUGCUUACUUUGGAAAUGAAAUGACUGCUUUUCUCACUUUGAUAAGCCAAAACACUCUUGUUUUUGGAAGCAGUUAUAUCAACAGCAUUGAAAAAGUCAAGGCGUGUCUUUUAAAUAUGAAAGAAGAAGCAAAUGUUGCAGUAAGAACAAAUAAUAAACUUACCACACAAGAAAUGUGGGCACGUUUGUUGAGUAUUUUUGGACAAUACGACUUCAAAAAGAACAUGAAAAACGUGCUUGGAAAAGCUUCAGGAGUAAGAAGAAGAGUACAAGCCAAUGUCAGAAUCACAAGACAGAAAGAACAAAUUUUCGAGAAAAUAAGUUAUCUUGAAACGGGAGUUCGAAAUUUACAAGAAGCCUGUGAACUGUUCGACUCAGAUCCAGAUUUGAAGAGUAAUCGGGCAUUUAAAAACUUAAAACAAAAAAUUUCCAAAAUUAAGUGA